CCCCUACUGACUUGAGACAAACGCUGCAAGAUAUACAAACCUGCGAAUCACUAGAAAACUGACUAGUAUAUGUGUAGUCGAGUGCCUAGACUACUACCAGUUGAACAUAACUGAAUAUCUGAAAUUGUAUCGAAAUAAAAAGAAGCGAGCGCAAAGAAAUCAAUUGGAUAUUGCAUAUCCGCGAACAAUGAAACAAGGUCAGACCAAAGAGAAGCGGGGUACUAUUCAUAAAAGUUCACAGCAUAAUAGUAAAAAAGAAAAGGGACAAAAUACUAAAAAAGCCAAGUUUCAUGAGCUUAUAGCUCGACAAAAGCAAAUAAAAGACAAAAAGGCGAUAGAGAAAAAACGAGAAGAGCGUCUUCACAAACGGAAAGAACGUAACAUCUCAAUGCAGAAGUUGACAAGAAAAGGACAGCCUGUCAUGAAACACCGCAUUAAGCUACUCCUUAAACAGUUGUGUCCUGGAGAUGCAUAAAUAAAUUUUGUUGAUACCAUUUAGUCUCUUUUAUCCGUGAUGCUUAAUUUUUGGUUGCUGAUAAGUUAGUGAAAUGGCCAAGUGUCUUACUUGGUAAGGAUUGAUUCUUCACAAGCAUACUGAAAUGCAACGAAAUUUGCUUUGCGAUACGUUAAAAGUAAUUAUGUUUGCUGACAGAUGAGAAUAACUAAAUCAUCUUCAAGCC